UAUUUGCCUCACGAGAAAUAUUCUAAGCUACAUUGCUUCAUUGCUGUGCAAUCUGUCAAUUCCCAAUUAGAGAUUAUCGACACUAUCAAAAAAUAGCUAUGUCAAGAUAACGUUGAUAAAGGUGUCUUUCCUUUUUCCCCGUUUACGUAUUGAUUCGGCGCCUUAUGUGCGCAUGCACGCGCGUUUUGAGCCAGUCGUACUUCGUUCGUGCUGAAAAUCGGUCAGCUGUUCCGUCAUCGAGUCAGCAGUCAGGCGCACAGCCGUGCAACAUGUCGCUCCGAAAUGAGAAUUACUCCGUUGACAUAGGAGAUAUGCGAAUAAAAUACAAAGAUAAAAGCGAGACCUUCACGGAAGAUAAUUUAGUUAGCAAAGAACCUAUUGGACAGUUCAAGGCAUGGUUCGAGGAAGCAUGCAAUACUCCGCAAAUUUUAGAACCGAAUGCAAUGCUUCUUGGGACAGCAACGAGAGAUGGUAUACCAUCUGUGCGCGCGGUAUUGCUGAAAAGCUUUGGUACAGAAGGCUUCAAGUUUUAUACGAAUUACGAUAGUAGAAAAGGCCGCGAAUUAGCUGAAAAUCCUCAUGUCGCGUUGACCUUUUACUGGGAAUCUCUUAGACGCAGCAUACGUAUUGAAGGUACAGCAGAAAAAACCUCGGCGGAAGACUCAGAUCGUUAUUUCCAAAGUAGGCCAUAUGCGAGUCAAAUCGGUUCUGCGGCUAGCAAGCAGAGUAGUGUGAUUGCUAGCAGACAGACUCUUAUUGUAAAAGAAAGAGAACUACUCGCGAAAUUUCCAGAGAAUCAGGUUAAAAGGCCUAUCUGUUGGGGUGGUUAUCUUGUUGUGCCACAUUCCAUAGAAUUUUGGCAAGGUCAGAGCGACCGCCUUCACGACAGAAUUCGUUUCAGACGUCUAAAAGCAAAUGAGAAGAUAGACAAUAUUCUCGUGCACAAAGGAGAAAAUGGAUGGAUUUACGAAAGACUCUCGCCAUAAGAAAAACAGUAUUCAUUAAAAAAAAGGCAAAUGAGAGUUGAAUAUUCC